CUUCGUAUUUCUAUAAAAAAACAUGUAACAUUAAAUUUGGCGCAACUUGUACAAUGAUUUUCUGAGAAAAUUUCUCAGGCGAUUAUUGAAAUUUGAGUGAUUUCAUAAGAAGGCAGUUUCAAAUUUAUAAGUAAAACAAAGAAAGUAAAAUCAAAUUAUGCUGACCGAUAAUAAAACGGAAGAAAUGUUACGCAUGUUUGGUAUGUGGUGCCUUGGUAAUCAGCAGCAAGGAGGAACGCCCAGGUGAAAUGAGGACAAAAGAGAAAGUUUUUCAACGUCAAUAAGCCACGAAUGCCUUGCUGCUGGCCAACAUGUGAGGGAAUUCCAUUCGGAAAAGAAGUGUUCAUUCUGUUGACGACUAGUUUACGUUUCGGAGCGGCGUAAAAUGUCUGUUAAUAAAUCUGUACUGUUUCUUAUUCGGCGGAGCAAAACACUCUCCUCAUCAUGCAAUAAAUCGAGUUUGUUUUACGCCGAUAGACAAAAAGUGAAUUUGGAUUUGAAAAAAUAUAGCACAAAAACUGUCAACAGUCAGAAGCCUGACUGGAACAGAGCAGUUUCUGAGGCUGAAAAAAUCGUUGGAUAUCCUACUUCGUUUCUAAGUCUUCGCUGGCUGCUUAGUGAUGAAAUUGCCAAUGUUGCUCUUCAUUUGCGGAAACUUGUUGGUUCUAACCAUCCACUUCUCAAAACUGCCAAAAGUUUGAUUUAUAAUGGGCGUAAUAUGCAAGCUUGGGGUCUUAUUGUUCUCCUUAUAUCAAAAGCUGCAGGGCAUAUAAAUGUUGAAGAUAUGGAAGAAGACAAGUCGGCUGGAGUCUUACACAGUCAACGUGCACUAGCUGAAGUUACUGAAAUGAUUCGUACAAGUCAUUUAGUACACAAAGGUUUAGUUAAUAUACGACCAGGAGUUUAUCCUGAACAAUCAGAGCUGGAUGAUAUGACUUUCGGAAAUAAAAUUGCCCUACUCAGUGGUGAUUAUUUAUUAGGAAACAGUAGUGCUGAAUUGGCAGCUCUUAGAAAUCAAGAUUUGGUAGAGCUCAUGUCAAGUGCAGUUAGAGACUUGGCAGAAGCAGAAUUUGUAGGUAGAAGAGACAGUCAAGAUAAUCCCUUACCAUCUGUACCACCUGCAGAUCGCACAGGCUAUGCCGUGAAAGAAUGGACUCUGCGUAAUGUUUUGAGUGCUGGUGCACUCUUGGGGAAAUCUUGCAAAGGUACACUGAAAUUGGCUGGUCACAAUGAGAAAAUGCAAGAAGAGGGCUACAAAUUUGGAAAACAUUUGGCUCUGGCUUGGCAGGCUUAUCUAGAUCUAAGCCCAUUUAUAAGCAAAGAUAGAAAUAAUCAGUUUAAUGUGUGCUCAGCUCCAGUCAUGUUCCACAUUGAACAUGAUCCUUUAAUUUUGGUAGAAAUUGAUAAAGGUCUAGAGUCUGUUCAAAAUAUUGAUUAUGCCAAAGUUUAUGACAUUGUUGUUAGUGGUCCUGGAAUAGAAUUAACAAAGCAAUUGCAGCAAGAGCAUUCGCAACGUGCAAUGGAGGUGCUAGAUGUCUUUCAAGAAAGUGAUGCACGAACAGCUCUGUCAAAUAUUAUAGCUGCGAUGGGAGAUUUUUGAAAUGAAACAAUUGAGAA